UAUUCUACAAAUAUUCAGAAUCAUGACCAUUUAUCAGCUUAUUUAUCUCUAAUAACACCAAAAGAAGCUAUUGGAAGUCUAGCGGUUUUUGAUGAGUUUAAUGAAAUGAAUUACCGGAAAUUUUUAUCAAUGUCUAUAAAUGUGGAAGAGAUGGCUGGGUUGGGAUCAAAGUCUUUUCCAGGCUCUUUUCUUAAUCCAAAUAAAAUAAGCACAAACCUUCCGAAAGAAGUAUUGAAUUUGUUAGUUGAAUAUUAUUGCGUAUGA